CUCUGAUUUCGGUGAGGAGCUGGCAGAGUGUGGGUUACGUCACCAUGAGAGGGCGGAGGGAGGGUUCGAAGGUGUUUUCCAGCUUUAAAAAGACAGGAGCCACGAGCAAUCCUGCGUCAGAGAGAGACCCAGAGCAGAUGACAUUCUCAAUUACAUUACCAUCAGAGAGCCAAAACACCAGCCAUUCGCGGUCUCUAAGGAAAGAGAGUCAGUCAUUCAUCUAAAACUUCUUUAAUGCACACACAGGUUCUUUGUCUUCCAUUUCAGCCAGUCACUGUCACUUGGACUGCUUCAAUAUAACUCAGAAUAAAAACAAUUGUAUUUUCAUCUUUUCCUGCAAAGGGAAAAAAACUUUUUUUUAUAUAUAUAUAUAGAAUUAUUAUUAUUAUCAAGGAAGGAGAAAAGCGGUUGGUUGAAUGCAGAAUAAUAAUAGCCUGAGUGUCUCAAAGUUUGCAUUUGGACCAUUGGUUUCUUCAGCUCUGGCAAAGGAAACAUUGGAAUUUCAUUUAUUCUCUUCCUUCACCAACAUGAAAUCUGCAGAAGAAGAAGCCUUCAACUAUGCAACGCCUAAUGUUAGCAUCUCCCUGCCCCUCAACAUGGGAAACCCCUGCUUGUCAACAUACCAUGGCAUCCAUUCCAGCCAAGUUAUGUCUUCCAACCAUCAAGCCGGGUAUAUGGACAACGGUGCCUCAGGCUACUAUCUGUCUCCUAACAUCAGGCCAAAUGGAGCCCCUACCUUGGAAAGCCCCAGGAUUGAAAUCACUCCUUACAUCGGGAUGCACCAUGGCAACAGCCAGUACCCCCAGGAAGAAGAGAUUGAAGAAAGCAUCCCCAGUGCUAAGAGAUCAAACUCAAUUGUCACUCUGACCUUGCCCAAUGCGGACAACUACAGAGAUCCCAGCUGCCUCAGCCCAGCCAGCAGUUUGUCUUCCAGAAGCUGCAAUUCAGAAGCCUCUUCCUAUGAGUCAGGCUACUCAUGCAAUUAUGAUAACUCCCCACAGAACUCACCCUGGCAGUCUCCUUGCGUUUCCCCCAAGGGCACUGCUCCAGAGGAAGCCUAUCACCGCGGGCUGGCAGCCUGCACACUGCUCACCUCUCCAAGGCACUCCCCCUCCACAUCCCCUAGGACCAGCGUCACAGACGAGAACUGGCUUGGCACACGCAACUCCCGGUCAACCUCUCCAUGUGGAGGGAAGAGAAAGUACAGCUUCAACGGCGUCCCCUACAGACACCCCUCCUCCUACUCCCCGCACCACUCCCCAACCCCAUCACCCCAGACCUCCCCUCGGCUCAGUAUGACCGAUGAGACCUGGCUGAACAACACCAACCAGUACACCAACUCCGCCAUUGUGGCAGCCAUUAAUGCUCUGACCACCGACAACAUGGACAACAUGGACGGCAUCCCUGUUAAGUCCAGGAAGACCAAUGUCGACCUCAGUCCCACCAUGAGCCUUAAAGUGGAACCAGACGAAGAGGAGCAUGGCACAGUAGACCUGUCCCCUGAAGACUUUUCCAACCGACGGAUGCCCUUCAAAAAAGAAAACUUCUGUGGGGAAUUCUUAUCAGUGCCACAGAACCCGUACACCUGGUGCAAACCAAAGUCCUACAUAAGUCCUUCUCUGCCUGCACUUGACUGGCAGCUGCCGUCUUGCUCGGGACCUUAUGAACUUCAGGUUGAUGUGCAGCCCAAAUCCCAUCACCGCGCUCAUUACGAGACAGAAGGAAGCCGAGGGGCAGUGAAGGCAUCUUCUGGCGGACAUCCUAUUGUGCAGCUCCACGGUUAUAUGGAAAGUGAGCCCCUCACCCUCCAGCUGUUCAUCGGGACAGCAGACGACCGCCUGCUGCGACCACAUGCCUUCUACCAGGUCCACCGCAUCACCGGCAAGACUGUCUCCACAGCCAGCCAUGAGGUCAUGCUUUCCAACACCAAGGUCCUGGAGAUCCCACUGCUACCUGAAAACAACAUGAGAGCCAUAAUUGACUGCGCUGGUAUCCUGAAACUGCGGAAUUCGGACAUUGAGCUGCGUAAAGGCGAGACAGACAUUGGACGAAAGAACACCAGAGUGCGGAUGGUCUUUCGCGUGCACAUUACUCAACCCAACGGCCGGACCAUCUCUCUGCAGGCAUCCUCCAACCCCAUUGAGUGUUCUCAGAGAUCUGCCCAGGAACUGCCGCUGGUGGAGAAUCAGAGCAUGGACAGCUUCCCUGUGACAGGAGGGAAGAAGAUGGUGUUAAGUGGACACAACUUCCUUCCUGACUCAAAGGUCGUCUUUGUGGAAAAGGCCCCAGAUGGCCACCACAUAUGGGAGAUGGACGCAAAAGUUGACAAGGACUCAAUCAAGUCUACUUCAUUAGUGGUUGAGGUCCCCCUGUACCGAAAUCAGAGGAUAACCAGUCCUGUCCAGGUGAAUUUUUAUGUCUGCAAUGGAAAGAGGAAGAGAAGCCAGUGCCAGCGCUUCACCUACCUGCCAGCUAAUGUUCCAAUAAUAAAAACAGAACCUACUGAUGACUACGAGUCCAUAGCUUCCGGACUAAGCACACUAUCCAAAUCUUACUACAACCAGCAAGUCCUGACCUCCAUGAUGCCUCCGGAUCCUGGCUCCUGUCUGGUGGCCAGCUUCCCUUCCUACCAGCAGAGAAACAUUGUGAUGUCAUCCUCUUCACCCACCUCCAACUCAAGUCCUAAGCUGCAUGACCUCUCCCCUUCCACCUACACCAAAUGUAACGCCAACACUGGUCACAGUCAGCUAGCCAGUCUCCAGCAGCCCACAGCGGGUGUCCCCACAAUCCAGGAAGUGCCCAACUCCCCUGACCAAUCAUCUCUCAUCAUGCUGCAGUCCCAGGUGAGUCAGCAUCUGAGCAGUAACUGUUCCCAUGGUUACCAACAAACACUCUAUCCCAAUAGUCCCUCUUCUUCCCUGGUUCCCUCUGCCGCCCAGGAGCCACUUUAUGUGCAGACCUACAGCCCACCUCACCCCUCCGUGCCGAUGGGGCAGCAACCUCUUCAGCUGAAGAAAGCUCAGCAAAAUGGGUCUCCCACAAACCAGUCGGGGUCACUACCGCUCGUGCAGGAAGAGAAUAGUCAGACCUCAUUGCCUGUCAUUGUCAAGCAGGAGCCCCAAGAGCUGGACCAGAUGUACUUAGACGAUGUAAAUGAAAUUAUAAGGAAUGAUCUAUCCAGCACUUCUGUCCAUGGCCAUGCAUAGCCACAUACAAACUACAGGACUGAAGGAUUGAAAAAAAUCAAAUCAAAUCAUAAUAAUAAUCAUUCUAAGACUCUUAAAUGAACUGUUCUGGUAAAGACGAUGUUAAAGAGUGGCACACUGAUCUUCCAAUGUUGUUCAAUGUUAGAAGAAGAUGACAAAGCAGCGAAGCAACCCUUCUGCCCUAUCGUCUAUCUUCCUGGGACCACUUUUUGUAUUGUUUUAUUAAAAACUGGCAUUUUUUUAAAGGUCUGAUCUUCCAUCCAAAGAAGUUGCUCCUGAGUGGCACUGUUCUAUCUUAGCGCUAGUUGGCACUGUUUGUUCAUCAAUUGGCGGUCUUAAGGAACAGCCAUGGAUGUGCCUUAUAUAUUUAUGUAGUGAAACCGGGAUGCAAUACAAUAUAGAAAAAAAAGGUUAUUGUCUUCGUAAGAAGUGCUUUUUACAAUGCAAAACAAAUGUCAAAAAUGUUAAUGUUAUGCCUUUAUUCUGGUUUCCUUUUUCAUCAUCAUUCAAAACCAUCAGGUUUUUUAAUGUAUCUUAUGCCAUAUCCAUGACUGAAAAUAGUAUGAUUUGUUAUUUUCCUUUAAAGUGGCCUGUUUACUUUUUUAAUGAUUAAAUGUUACACACUGCUGCACAGGACACAAUGGUAAUUUCCAUCCUAGUGCACUAACUAAGCUCACAGUGAAGAACUGCAUAUAGUCUAAACUAGUAUAUAGUUAAAUUACAAUACAAAGAGACUGGAGAAAUCCAUAAUGAUUUCCUAAGUUUGCUAUUUUAAAUGGCAUAGAUUUUUGCUAAUCAACAUUCUUCUUUAGUAUAGACUUAUAGCAUAUACCGUGAUCAAAUGUGAGUGUUCUUGCCUGCAGGGUCACUAAAAGGGACAUACAAAUAUUUAGAAUUGAAUAAAGAACGGGGCUUCAAACACAAUACCUUAUUCAAGACUAAUUGCAGAUACGUGUGCACGUAAAUAUAACUUUUUAAAUUAUGCAAGUAAUAUAUCUGACAAUCAUGAUCUUUUUUUGUUUGCCGUUUUGGAGGUGGAAAAAAAAAGACUUAAGCUAGCAAUAACAUAUCUGUGGAUACCAAAGCAUAUUAGCUAGUGAAGUUACUGCUUUUUGUUUUAAUCUUUUUGGCUGUUUUAGAUUAAGAAGAUACAGUAGCUAGCUUGUUCAUGCCUCAUGAAUGUAUGCACUUUAGAUAGUGAAAACAAACGUUUGUGUAUUUUUAAUGACCAAAUGUUGUCAGUCGAUUGAGGGAAAUUAUAAAUUUUGUAGGAGGCUGUGUGGUCCAGUGGUUACAGAAAAGGGCUUGUAACCAGGAGGUCCCCAGUUCAAAUCCCACUUCAGCCAUUGACUCAUUGUGUGACCCUGAGCAAGUCACUUAACCUCCUUGUGCUCUGUCUUUUGGGUGAGACGUAAUUGUAAGUGACUCUGCAGCUGAUGCAUAGUUCACACACCCUAGUCUCUGUAAGUCGCCUUGGAUAAAGGCAUCUCCUAAAUAAACAAAUAAUAAUAAUAA